GAGUGAUAGCAUCCACGCAUAGCUUCCCCUCGAUUAUCUCUUCUCCAUCAUUACUGGGCCCACCACUCGGUAGUUUUGCUGCGAACAGGCACGAGCCGCGCCAUAGAUACGUGUGCGCGCGCAAGUCUCUGUUCACGUUCAUGCAGAAUAUAAGCUGAAUGCUGGACACUCCGCACAGACGAUCGAUCAUAUCCUCGACGUCUCCGGACGCCGUUUUCUUCCUAGGCUUUCAUAUUCACCCUCCAGAUCCUGUCAUACUCGGCUCUGCUCAUGAUCGAACCCGGCUUAAGAGACCUAGGAGUGUGAGCCACAGGCCGAGGCUGGCAUACGCUACGUCCCUUCGCGAUGAAGUCCCCAUAUAUUGACCGAACUUCUGCAGAUCGGUGUGUGAAAGUCUUGCACCACCUUUCUCCAUCCAAACACCCGACUCCGAGAUUUUAAUGUCAAAGCGUGGAGCCAAGGCCGCUGCCCCCAUGGAGGAAACUACCGAGAAACGAUCGAAACCUCGCGUCAGGUCCGAUGCUCAGCUUGCUAGGAAGAGAAGUAUCGAUAGGGUACACCACCAGGCGAAGCGAGUCCGAGAGAAAAACCAACUGGACAACAUCGAGGACGGAACGUCGCAGAUCCAGCAGACGAUCCAGAAGCUGGCUGAGGAAAUCCACCAGCUGAACCUCGUGAUACGUGGAGGUAGCGGCUCGCCGAGUGUGUACAACCCGUCGUCGCAGCCGCCGUCGUUAGCGGGAGCAGAUAAUUAUACUACGCCGUCUGAAUUUGAGAGCGUUGAGGAUCCUUUGGGCGAUGCCGGCCCGCUCAGCGACGCAUCCUACAGAUAUUCCAUGGUUCCGAACUCGUGCUGCAUUGACGGUGUUCCGUGUCCCGUUCAUCAGCCUGCACAGUCCCUUCAGCCAGUCAUGUCGACCGGUAUGUACUCGACGCAAGACGCGAUGGCGGAUUGGGCUCGCGCCGAUUACGUUUCGGUCGCGUGCCGCUGCGGAAUCCAUCAUCAGACGGAAUCAGAUUGCUUUGAGCUGGCCACUUAUUCCUUCCUUCUCCGCUCGCACAAGGGCCUAUCAAGGGGUGACGAGGGUGUGCGCGCCCUACCGCGUUGGCCGUCGAUCGUGAACAUGCUGCUCUUCCACGAUGACAAUCCCAUCUCUGCAACCCUAAACUCCGUCUUCAAAAGAAACCACAUUAUGCACAACCUGCCCACAACAGUGGCCGCUUAUCUGAUGAUGUUUCUGUUUCUUAGGUGGAGAGCGCAUCCAGACACGGCGGCGUACCAGAGUCUCCCGCCGUGGCUGCUGCCCACCACGGUGCAAACGUCAAUCCCACACCCGCUGAGCAUAGAUUUCAUGCCAUGGCCGGCCAUUCGCGAUCAUUUGACCCAGAACCAGGGUAAAGAUCCUAGGCAGACUGUGAAGUUGUACAUGGAGCACGUUCGCUUCAACUGGCCCGAGUCGAGAACUUUUCUGGCCAGAAAUGUGAAGAACGAGGUCGUGCUUGACGCCGAGUUUGUUGCCGCCACGUACAAACUGGAGAACUGGAGCCUCUCUAAAGCGUGGGCAGAGGAGUUUCCGCUGCUGACACACCUUGUGAAACCGCAAGACACGUAGACUGGUCAUGAUAAGCAUUCGACGCGUCCGAACUCUCGCUGGGGUUGAUUUUGAGCUACAAGUCUACGGUACAUGCCAAAUAAUCCGAGAUACAUGAUUUCCACAACACAACCGCCUAAUCCGGGAGUCUAAGGAGCACGGUCAUGGCCAAUCGCCAUCGAACGUAGACCUCCUCCACAUAAAUUCCCAAAGUCUCUCGAAUGAGACUCUGUAACAGUCUCCAUACCUCUGUUCCUUUCGAGAAGCGCACCAGUUGCAUGUCAGGAAACAGUGCAAACCUCUUGACGGGAUUGUGCGCGUCCAGCAGGUUGUGCGGUAUUUACUUGGGAAAGAUCGGGCUUCGAUGGCCAUCUUGGUUGCUCUAUUUCUAAUUCUUGACGAAGAUGCCGGAGAAUGGAAUGCUCCACAGGGUAACACGCGUAGUAAGGAAUUUUUGCGCCGAAGUUUUCCAGCGGUAGUGACGAUAGAGGCAAAGAGCAAAUGGGCUCGAAUCGGCCUCGAAAAGUAUUUAGUUCCGCUUCUCACCGUGGAAGGAUGCCAUGUAGGUGAUGUAACUGCAAAUACGGUUCGACAAGACCACCGUCGUGGGUAGAUGGUGGUAAAGUGUGCGUACUCUGAAGAUCACAUGGCUGUGAAGGAGCCGGUGAAAUUCGUCGCACGUUAAUUUGAUGGUGCAUAUGAUGCCGACGACAGCUGAGGGAUUGAACGGCAUGUUUCGUUGGAUUUUAUCGUCUUGCAUUUUGUAAGCGCAAAAAAUAAAAGGCGGGCUUGGAAAAGUUAGGUUCACAUGCCAUGAAACCGAUAGUUUAUGAUCGGGAGUUAAAUCAACAUUGUAGAAUUUACGAAAAGA